GGUAAACAUUUUAUAGAAUGAUUAAGAGUUCAUCUACAUUUAAUUACAUUUAAUUAGAUUAAUAGAAAAAUUACAAUGACUGUUUAUCAGUCUAUUCGAAGAAAAAAUGCCAAAGACUAAAAUGUCAAAGACUGAAAUGUAAUAGUAUGGCCUUUUACUAAUAUCCAGUCCCAUCCUUUGUAAUGUGAUGCAGGAUAUACCUGGUCCGCAGUCCUCCAGUGUAUUCUCUGAGGGUGGGUCUUCUAAACUGCAGACGGUUUAGAUGACAGAUACUGUACCUAUCCAUUGGAACAUUGAAAGACAAGAAAACUGCUCUUCUUGACACUCAAUUUUUUUUGCGCUUUCUUCGAUGGAUUCCUUAACUUUUGUUCUGUUGAACAGUAAUAUCUCUAUUUUUACAUUUUUUGUGAAUAUUUUCUUAGUCUUCUGUAUGAUAUUUCCACAGCAAGGAACUGACAGGCUGAAACAACCUCUUAAUGUUUUAUUGGGAACAAUUGUUGGGUGCAAUAUCACUCUUCAAAUCUGUAUUUUUUUGUACAUUAUUAUUGCUUUGUGUUCUUCAAGGCAUAUGGUUUUUGUUGUUGCAGUAGAAAUCCUCUUUUUUUCUAUGAGGACCAGUGUAACCUCAUCACUUUGGCUGAAUGUCUUCUACUACUGCCAGAUUGUUCCUACUCAGCAUUCUGUCUUCAUAUAUUUGAAAAAAAACAUCAGAUUCUUUAUAUACACUUCUUUGAUAGCAGAGAAAAUUUUCUUCAUCUUUGGAUUAUGUGAAAAUAUUGCAGCUAAUGCACUUUUUGAUAAGUAUUUUAACACUUACAACUAUACAACACAACUGCAUGAAACAGAAACAAAGCUUGAUACAGUGACUUUUUUAGCGAUGCUAGACAUUUGGAUAAGUUGUAGUUACACAUUGCUCUGUUUAAUUGUGAUGACAACAUCAAGCUGUGCAACUAUUUUUUACUUGCGGAAACACAUGAAGAGCAUGCAGGGAAGCAGCAGCACCAUUUCAUCUCCUCGCCUCCAGAGACAGAUGAGAGUGACAGUCACAGGCAUCAUUCAGACAAUCCUUUUCUUCCUUUGCUCAGUCUGGAUAUUAAUGAGAGAAUUACUUGCAUUAGUAUUCAAACUUUAUGUUGAUUUGAAUGGCCAUAUAUGUUGCUCUGUUGUUUGUUUGUACACUUUUGGAUCCACCAUUAACUUGUGUGUUGGCCAGACAAUAUUUCGUCAGCAAGUAGUUGGCAUUUGGCAAAAAUUUGUCAAAGCUGCCAAUUUGUUAUUCAAGUGAA